CUCCGCCCCGCUGCGGCCGUUGCUGCUGCUGCCGCCGCCGCCGCCGUCGCCGCCUCCUCCUACUCCUCCUCCCCGGGCGCAGCCCCUGCCCUGCCGGCCCCUGCCCCCGCCGGCCCGCCCGCUGCCUCCCCGGGCGCGGGGCUGAGCUGCCCUGCUUUUGGAGUCGCCGCCGUUUCCCCUCCCUUCCCCGGAACCCCCCCCUUCUCCCUCCCUCCUCCCUCCUCCUCCCUCCCUCCCUCCCUCCCUCCUCCUCCUCCUCCAGCAGCCAAAGGGAUUUUUUUCCCCUUUCUUUUCUCUCUCUCUUUUUUUUUUUUUUUUCAUUUUUUUCCCUCCUCCUCCUCCUCUUCCUCCCCGCCGCGGAGCCGGCCGCCAGCGUGAAGGAUAAAUAAAAAGCGAAGAGGAAGAGGCUGGGGAGGAGGAGGAGGAGGAGGAGGAGGAGGGGGGGGAGGCAAGAAGAAGAAGAAGAAGAAAGCGAGCAAGAAAAGAAAGCGAGGAGCCAGGCGGCCAGCCCAGCCGCGCCGCUCCCGGCAGCCAGGGCAGGAGGAGGCGGCGGCGGCGGAGCGGGGGCCGGGGGCCGGCGAUGGAUGACCAGCCGCGGCUGAUGCACACGCACAGCGGGGUGGGGAUGCCGGGGCACCCGGGCCUGUCCCAGCACAUGCAGGAUGGACCAGGCGGGGCGGAGGGGGAGGCAGGCAGGAAGCAGGACAUCGGAGACAUCUUACAGCAGAUCAUGACCAUCACGGACCAGAGUUUGGACGAAGCGCAGGCCAGGAAACACGCUUUAAACUGCCACAGGAUGAAGCCAGCCCUUUUUAAUGUCUUGUGUGAAAUCAAAGAAAAAACAGGCUCCUUCCAGUACUCCCUAUCUCUGGUAAAUGCAGUGGGUCAGCAGGAGGUGACCAGAGUCAUGUCAAAACUCCAUACGCUGAUGCUGCAAACUCUGAGGUACCUAUUGAGCAAAGUGCUGAGCAUUCGGGGAGCGCAGGAAGAGGAGCCCACGGACCCCCAGCUGAUGCGGUUAGACAACAUGCUCCUGGCCGAGGGGGUAGCAGGCCCCGAAAAAGGAGGCGGCUCGGCCGCCGCUGCCGCCGCCGCUGCCGCAUCAGGAGGAGCCGGCUCCGACAACUCGGUGGAGCACUCUGACUACAGAGCCAAACUCUCCCAGAUCCGGCAGAUCUACCACACAGAGCUGGAGAAGUACGAGCAGGCAUGCAACGAAUUCACCACCCACGUGAUGAACCUGCUGCGUGAGCAGAGCCGAACCCGACCUAUCUCGCCAAAGGAGAUAGAGCGGAUGGUGAGCAUCAUCCACCGCAAGUUCAGCUCCAUCCAGAUGCAGUUGAAGCAAAGCACGUGUGAAGCCGUCAUGAUCUUGCGCUCCCGAUUUCUGGACGCACGGCGGAAGAGACGAAACUUCAACAAGCAGGCUACGGAAAUCCUGAAUGAGUAUUUCUAUUCCCAUCUCAGCAACCCUUACCCCAGUGAGGAAGCCAAAGAAGAGCUAGCCAAGAAAUGUGGCAUCACAGUCUCACAGGUAUCAAACUGGUUUGGAAAUAAGAGAAUCCGGUACAAGAAGAACAUAGGUAAAUUUCAAGAGGAAGCCAAUAUUUAUGCUGCCAAAACGGCUGUCACGGCUACCAAUGUGUCAGCCCAUGGAAGCCAGGCUAACUCACCCUCAACUCCCAAUUCAGCUGACCUUGUGACUGACGGUGCCGCAUUGGGGGUUAUAUGCAUGGAUGGUUCUUCCAGUUCUUUUAACAUGUCAAACUCUGGAGAUUUGUUCAUGAGCGUGCAGUCUCUCAAUGGGGAUUCUUACCAAGGGGCCCAGGUUGGAGCCAACGUGCAGUCACAGGUGGAUACCCUUCGCCAUGUUAUCAGCCAGACAGGAGGAUACAGUGACGGACUCGCAGCAAGUCAGAUGUAUAGUCCGCAGGGCAUCAGUGCUAAUGGAGGUUGGCAAGACGCUACUACCCCCGUCGUCGGUGACCUCCCCCACAGAAGGCCCUGGCAGUGUUCACUCUGAUACCUCCAACUGAUCUCCCAGCAAAUUGCAUCCCUGGCUGAGCCGGCCCCGGCGGGGGCAGGAGGGGAGGGGGCCUCUCCUAACACCGCAGCAGUCAGACUGGAGGUGAACCCAAUCAGCACACACAAGAAGACUCCUUCUCUUCUCUUCUCUUCGUCGGGAUGCUUUUUUCAGCCAAUCUGGACACUUCUUUAUACUCUCUUCCCUUUCUUUUCUGGGUAGAAGCCGCUCUCCCCCCUCCCUGCCACUGCCACAACACCACUCCCUUCCCCUUACCCCUUCCCACCGAAGGAUAUGUCAACAGGUAGAAGGAUUUUAAGGAGGAAAAGCAAAAAUCAACUGCCGCCACACAAACAACCCCAAAGCAGUGUAUGGCCUCGCACUGGGCAUCUUUCUGAGGAGCCACAAAUGUACCUCAGUCACGUCUCACUCCUUUACUAGCAGGCAGCCCCCUUCGCCGCCCCCCGUCUCUCACGCUACCUCUCCGUAGGGAAACGCCACCACAGCCCCACUGCCGCCUCGUCUCCACCGGCCCCGGCUGCAGCCAGCGCAUCGCCUCUCUGCACCCAGCCCUGCCUCGGUGAGCUGUCCCUCGGGCACUGCCAUUGCCGGGGUGGGUGAACACAGCCCCCCUGUGCAUGUAAGAGAAGGAACCGGCAUGCUCCCCUUCACUUCCAAAAGGUACUGGCCCAUUCCCAGCCCUGGGAAAACCGCCAGCACUUCCCAGUCCCUGCCCUGCUCCACCGUACAUCCCAAAGCUUGGAUGAGCUAUGAAAUCCCACCAUCCUCCCUGCCUGCUGUUGGAAGGAAGGAGAGGAGGGAAGGAAACGAGGCAGAGGCAGGUGAGAAAUGGCCAUCGCUGAUAACGAAGGCACUGAGCACCUCUGCAGUGUUGUACGGGAUCAGGCAUUGAUGAUUGAUGGGACCCUAGCAGUUUUCUCGCAGCACCUAGGGAGGCCAGCAGUGAAGUUUUUCCUGGCAAGGAAAGCAUUGCGGAGUGUUGGCUCGUGUUUUCGGGAGUGUGCCGUGCUGCAGAAGAGGAGGAGGUGGGUUCCCCAGUGCAGGCAGGACCCACAGAGGUUGGUGGCACCCACUGCAUUCCCAAAGCCCUGCCAGCCAGGCAGCGAGGGACAGGCAGCGGGAUCCCGGAGGCUGGAUGUGGUGGGGUGAGUGCGUUGGGUGCUUUUGGUAACAGUUAAUGCAACAGGUUUGCUUGAGGGUGAAGCUCUGUAGGACAGGUGGGUGGUGCCCUGCUUGGGGAUGUCUUUCUGCUGAAGCUGCUGGUUUUAUCCCGGGAGUUACUCUGUGCAGUGGCAUCCCAAGCCAUGGGAGAACUCAUGGCAUUUUCUCCCCAGCUUUUCUGGUCCGCUCUUUGGACAACCGGUGCUGGGUGGUAAGCAAGGCUUCAUCCUGCUGAAACAUCCCUUCAGGCAGCUGAUGCUGGGACAACAUGGCUUUCGUUGAAGAGCAGGGUGAGGAGAGCCCUGGGCAAGGGGCUGAGCUUCGUGCUGGGGCAGUACUUUUUGCCACCGGUUCUUCCAGCAGGCACAAGGAGGCUGAGCUGGCCCGCGACAAGACCCUGGGUGUCAUGGGGACUGGUGUGGGUGCAGCACGUCUGGCAGCUUGUGAUGGACCCUAAUACCUCUUGGCCACAUCUCCUGCUCUUGCACAUCCAUGCCCACCCUGCCCGUGCUGAUGCCAGCCAUCUCGAGAUGGGAACUGCCAGCGCAGAGCAACAUUAAGCAGGAACCAUUUAAUAUUAAAGCUCUACCAGAAAAAUUUCCACCCUUCUGCUGGAAAAAACAAUGGUGGUUGGCCUGCAGGCCGCAGCAGUGGUGUGCCCACGGCUCCAACAUGCUGUCACCUUGCAGCGUGCAGCCAGCAGCAUGACUCGCCUGAAGUGGAGGUGAAGCCUGCCUUUCCCUGGGGAACAAGCCCAGAAGGCUCUAAAACAUCCGCUCUGAAAUUUGUGACCUUCCCCCAAAUACAAAAAGUCCCAAUUCAGUGGAUUUUCUAUUUCUGAGCUGGUGGGAUCAGAGUAGGAUGCAAAAGGUGGAUGAGAAACAGCACAAGCUGCUCCUUGCUUGGUUUUUAUGUCUCCAGCGGUGAGACGCUUUCUGCUCCUCCUUUCGCAUCCAUGCCCGGAGAUGUGGACCGUGUUGCAGAGCGUGAUGCGACGUGUGAGGUCUAGGGCUGCCUCCCGGCUGGGAAUAUGUUAAGAGCAAUGAGAAAGUCAUUUCCCCGCGAGGAUGGUUAGGAGGUGCUGCCCAUCUUCCCGAGCCAUGCACCUUCCCACUCUCCUCCUCCUCCCAUGGUCUCCCCCCGUGCAGCCUUUUAACCGUUUCAAGCUUAUUUUACAUGAAACCGUUCUGGCAAAGCGUUUCAGGGACACGGGGCUGAGUCAGGUCUGUUCUCCAGAGCGGCAGCAGUGCCAUGCCUGCGGGAAUGCCACAGUACCUCUUGGAAACCAACCAGAAAUGAGCCGAAACCACCUGCUUACCGGAGCCAGCCCGUGCCGGGGCUGCCUUCCCCUGCCCUGCAACCGCUGCCCGUCCUGCCUGCACCUCCUGCCCGUGACACCGCCUGCCCGGGCAGGGCACUCACUACUCCACGGUACUUUGCAAAUCACCUCCUGGGUUCCCUGGUUGGUCCCUCCGGUUCGCGUUGGCGUAGCCGCUUGCUUGCCUUUUUCUUUGCUUUUUUUAUUUUGGGGUUUUGUUUCUCCUCCCCUUCCCCCCUGCCCCCAGCCCCGAGUGUUGUGGGUUUUUUUCUUCUUCUUUUUUUAAAUUUUUUUUCUGCCCAGAAAAACCUGACUUCGAUACCAAAAAAACAAAACAAAACAAAAAAACAAAAAAACAAACAAAAAAAACCUGCAGAAACUCAAAAAAAAUAAAAACAAAAAAACCACAAAAAAAACUCGAUGAUUCUUUCAGCUUUAUUAACAUUUUCCAUUGUUUCUUGCGAUUUGUGUCUCGUUCUUUGUAGUAUUGAUGAUAACGAACAUUUGAUAAUGAAUGUUCUUGUAUAUUCAGAUAAAGGAGAAAAAAAAAAACCAAAAACGCAGUCGGAAUUUAAUAGUGUUUAUAAUAAAAGAAUAAAAAAUGACCCUCUUAGCACGCAAAAUUGAACAGGGGGAAGGUUCCAUCCCUGUUCUUUCUGUGGCAACAAGCGCUUCAUUCCUGUAUAGUUUAUAACAUCAAACUACCUACAUUCAUCUUUUUUUUUUGUUUGUUUGUUUUUCCCAUGGUUUGUGUUUUUUUUCCAUUUUCUCGCAUUUGUGAAUUAGUUCAAGAAUGCUAGAAAAGUGUAGAGUUGUGCACACUCAUUUCUUCUUACACAAUGUUUAAAAAGUGACGGUAAUUCAUUUUGUAAAACUUUAAAAAGAAAAAAAAAUGGUUGGAAUAGUGAGCAUUAA